UAGUUUAUUGUGCUGAUUGUGCAAUAUCACUGUGACAAAAGUGACAAAGGUUCUGCAAUGUUGAAAUUGAAAGUUUUGCUUAUUUUUGGACUGGUAAACUCAGCUUUAAUAACAGUAACAUCAGGCGAUGACCAGCCCGACAGAUUCGCUUACCAUGCUAAACUUCUGAGUAGGAUGAUUAAUAUGGAAAUAAAGAUGGAACGAAUGGAAGAGGAAUUGAAACAAACAGAGACAAAUAUCAGCACUUUCACAAAGAACCAGGCUGGUAUAUUAGAUAAUAAAACCGCUGAACUGGAGCUAUUUGGAGAAAGAGUAGAACUACCCUUGGUUGCUUUCGAUGCCUAUCAGCCAGUCGAUACGAGUCCAGAUACCAACGAGAUUAUGGUAUGGAGAUACACCCGUUUGAACGAAGGAAAAGGAUAUGACACAGUUCUCGGUACGUUCAAGGCGCCUGUCUCUGGACUCUACUACUUUGCAGUACAUGCAUGUAACUAUAGUACCCGAUAUUUCCAGUAUGCCAUAGUUCUUGAAAAUACCUACAUAGCAACGACUAACAAAUACGACAGUAACAAUCAUGACUGCGGCUCCAUGAGCACGUUCGCCCGUGUAGAGGCCGGACAGAAAGUAUGGGUGAAAUGUACAAGCGGAAGUACCAAUGUUCUGCUGCGGGAAAGUCACGGGAGAAGCUCCUUCAUUGGUGCUCUUAUUCAUAAAUAGACCGAAUGACAGUAAAAUAAUUUGAUGCAAAUAAUUGUGGUACACAUGAACACUCAAACAUAUGCUUUGUAUUUUAUUUGUGUUUACGAUGGUGUAUCUUUAUGUGUUACCUUCUUAAAAUAAAGAUUUUUAUUAUUA